AUGGAUUGGUUUCGGCUAAUCAGGUUCAUCCUAAGCAUGAGCGGUUCGGCUUCGGCCAACAAGGUUCAGCCUCGACCAAUUAGGUUCGCCCUCAGCCAGUCAGACUGCUGCUUUCCAAGACAAGAGGAAGUGGUGAAUCAUGAAAUUGAAACUCAAGAAGAAGUGAUCACUAGUGCAGUUGAAACUGAAGAACCAUUAGGAACUUACCAUGUACAGGAACCAAGCUGCCAAGCUGAUGAUGGAGCUAAUACUACAAAAGUUGAUGAUUAUGAGCCAUUUAUAGAGGAUUACUCACAUUAUGCUGAUUAUGAUGCUGAGUUUAAUGUUGAAAAUUCAUUUGAAAAACAACCAGAAGUGGAUUAUCUAGAGGGUAUGGUGAGUGAUGAUAAUGGAGAGGCUUUCUACUCUGAGAGUGGCCAUGGUUCUGAGAAUAAUGGAGAUGAUUCUGACGAUAGUGAAUACAAUGUGGAUGAGUCUAACAUACAAUUUGAUGUAGAUGUAGACAUGAGUGAAUUCCAUAAUGUUGUUGAUGUAGAUGAACAUGGAAUCUUGAACAAUCAUUCAAAAGAUGAAGGGAUUGACAUGGUUGAUGAUGAGUUGGAAGUCAUUGCCACUGAUGAUUAUCAAUUUGCAGGAUUUCAUGAAGAUGAUACGAAGAGAUUGCUAAAAGAGUUGAGUAUGUAA